GUCUUAAUAUUAAAAUUUAUUAAGAAAAAGCCUUUGUGCUGUUUCUUACUACUGGUAUUUUACCAGUCAUUAAAGAAAAUAGCAAAUCAGGCCAGUCAUGCAAUGUGAACUGCAGCUAUUUUGAUGUAGCCUACAGUACCUGUAUUUGCUUUUUUUUUUUUAAGGGAAACUGGUUUCAAAUCCAACUGUUGUGCUGGUAUUUGCACUGCUUUACAGAUCCAGGUGAAGUUUGUUUCCAGAACUGUCCAUUGUGAACUUCUCAGAAAUCUCAUCUCCUCAUCUUAUUUUUACACAUUUUUGAAAGAAUAUGGAGGUUGUAGAGAACAGGAAUUAAAUAACAGUACUUUAUAAAUUGUUUGAAAUUUCAGUGGUUUGCCUUAUUGUGUGCUGUGUACUCCCCUGGCAUAGAAACUUGAUAAGUAAGCUUGUAAGUGGCUGUUUCUGACACAGCUGAUGAGCCCUGUACCAGUGGCUUCCAUCUGUGCUGGAAUGAUGCAGAGUGGUGCGUGCUCCUGUUAUUUUCAAGCGGGAAACUGUGUCUCUGUGUGUGUGUGUGUGUGUGUGUGUGCGUGCGUGCGUGCGUGUACUCUUCCACCACAAUUUGUGUUGACCUAAGUCUUGACUGGAGGGGUUUGAGGUGUGUACUGGCUCAAUUGUACCCCCGAUGCUGUUGUUAGUUCCACAGACCUUCAUCCAAGAACUGUCAGAUGCUCUGUAGCUAUCUUGUGCAUAUUGAAAAAAGGUAAUUGCAGCAUAGCUUUGACUGUUUUUACACAGGUUAUUUUAUAUUGAUUAAAAAUAGUUAAAACUCUAUCUUUUCUGCCCCUUCUAUAUUGAGUGAAGCCAAAGUUACUUGAUUUUGUUUUUGAGAGCCCUUCAGUACCUGUAACUGCUUUGUGUCAGUGACUUCCUCAGUAAGAAGCCAACUCCAACCUAUUACAGUGCUCACAUCACUUUUCUGCUGAGUGCAUAAAUUAUUUUUUUGCCUUCCCCUAUGCUUGCGUAAAGGUCAUCAUAAAAAUCUUCACAGCAGCCGUACUGUUCUUCAGAGAACUCUGUAAAAAGCUUCACAAAGGCAUGUACCUCACAAAGCACAAAUGACUGGGGUUUGAUUGCCUGGCAUGCUGAUCAGCAUCAUUGUGUUUCCUUGGACGUCACUGUCCAUUUUUUUUCAUCCAGAUUGAAAAGGUUUUGUGGUAGGAUCAGUGUUCUUGUUCUGCUUGCCUUGGGAAUAAUGGCCACAGUGCAGCCUGGGCAAUGAGUGAGGUUCUUGGCAGAAAUUAUGAUACAAAUAGUAAAAACAAUAAACAAGGAAUUGAAUAUUGGUAGUGUAAUGUAGUUCUGGGUGCAAAAUUAAAGAAGCUGUUUUCUGAAAGAGAUGAGAAAACAACUUUUACAAAGCAUAAUGGUAAGUUAGAGCUCUCUUACUGUGGCAUUUCAGUUCUUAAUUAGUAGCUGGAACUAAAGAAUUGCAUAGUUACCAGCAGUUUUUAAAAACUAUGCAUCUGUUUUUAAUUUCUUCAUUAAAAAUAACCAUAAAUUGAUAAAUUAUAUGCAGAAAUCAAAGUUACUCAAUAAUGGAAAAUUUUUAAAGAUUGUAUUUCUAGAGGUCAAAUAUCAUUUCAAACUGAAUGUUUUGAGUUUAGUAUAAUAUCGAGAGAUGGAGCAAUGGCAAAAUUAUUUCACAGCUCUGCAUAUCAGUUUUUCAGCUUAUCUGCUUACCUGCUGUUAUCUCUUACCUGUUGAGUACUGGCCAAUACCAAAGCUGCAGAGGCAUUUUCCCCUAUAUAAGGUGAAGUCAAACAUCUGGAGGUGUCUACAUCAGGCAUGGGAAGAGGGGGUGGUAUUUACCAUUACUUGCCUUUCAAGGGCUGUUUGUGUUCCUGAAAAGGACACUAGUUUUACUUAGAAUUCCUUGUUGCUUACAAAAGCAGACAACACUGCAAAGCUCUUUUAUUUUUAUUGGAUAGAGUUUCUGUAUUAGAACCUAAAUUAUGCAGAGCUGCACUGGUGUGCCAUGUUCAGCAGAUACAAAUUGCCUAAGUGGCUUGCUAGGGUUAGGUAAGGAAUGUGAUGGAUCUAAAAAAUAGUGCUGGAUUAGAAUGGAGAGUCCAUGGGAUAUUUUAACUAGUUGUUAGCCGGAGUCAUGGAAGUAGGAAGCAGCAGAAAUUCUAAGGUAUGCUGCUUUAUAGCAGCAUUUCUGGCAGUGCUGCUAUAAAGUAACAAUUACUUUUAAAUGUUCUUUAUAUACAAGACUUUGUAUUGCACCGUGAGAGGAAAUACUUCUAGGAAGCAGCAUAGAUUCAUAUAAAGAGAGUAUUUACAAGAGCAUGAAGUGACAGGACAAGGGGGGAGUGGCUUCAAACUGAAAGAGAGUAGGUUUAAUUAGAUGUUAGGAAGACAUUCUCUACUGUGAGGGUGAUGGCACACUGGAACAGGUUGCCCAGAAAAGAUGUAGAUGCCCCACCACUGGAAAUGUUAAAGGCCAGGUUGGAUGGAACUCUGAGUAGCUUGGUGUAGUGAAAGUGCUCAUGCCUCUGUCAGGAGGGGUGGAACUAGAUGAUCUAUAAGGUCCAACCCAGGCCAGUCUAUGAUUCUAUGAAAAUACAUUUUAUUAAAUACAGAAAAAAUUUCUACCUACAUGCUGCUGUUUCCUAUAAUGCAGUGUGGCAGCUUUAUGCAUGAUUUCACUGCACUGGACCAAAUUGCUGGAAGAAUUAAGAGUAUGACAUCUACUUCUGGAGCAUUUUAGGGAUAGUUUCGAGUGUGUGCAAGGACCACAGAUGAGAGAUAAUAUGCAUAUUGCUGUUUAUCUGUUAUCACUAGGCACCUUUGAGAAACUGCACAGUUUAAUUGAAUUAUAUUCUGUAAACUGCAGGAUAAUGUUUCCUUCAUGUUUUUCUUGCUAUAGCGAAGAUGCUUUAAAACAACUAAGGGAUACAAAUGUAUGUCAUAUGUCAGAAGUUUGCUAUUUUCAUUAGUUACACGAAUCUGCAAAGUAUUUUGAGGCCAAAUAAUUAGCCUGUAGUUUGUGCUAAGUAUUCCUGGUUUAUGAAAGAUUAAAUAGUUGCAAAAAUGUGUGCUUAUUGCUUUCCAGAGCCCACCAUUUUAUCUUUGUCCUGCGUGGCCUUGCAUGUUCAUCAGCAGGGACAUCAUGUGGAUUAAAAAGGCCUGGCUUCAAAUAGGAUUGUGUGCUUCUGCUUGGCCUGUUUUGAGCAUGCAGCACUCAAGUUUCAUGGAGCAAUGGCUUUAGAAGGCUUUCUGAAGUGAAUAAUCCUAUUACCAAGUUGAUCUGAGUGCUCAGGCUGUGUACAGUCCAUUUUAGAAGGUGCAGGAGGGGUAUUGCUUUGUAACUAAAAGAGAUGUGCUGGCAUCUUUACAGGGGAUGCCAGUCAGGUUACCUCUGGUGCUGUUUUUAUCUGCAGGGGAAAGAAGACUGGCAGAGAGAGCACUUUGGUUCCUCACAUUCUGGAGCAGUAGAAGAGCCCACACUGAUUUGUGGUGUCAAUUUGGACCAGCAGGUGCUGAGAAGCUGCUGGCACUGGCUGUGCUGCUCUCCAUGGUGGCAGACUCUCAGUGGUGCUGCUGUCCUGAACGUCCAGGACUGUGGAGCCUGACCAGCAGAGGGUGAUUGUGGCUGAGCUGUCCUUGGAAGCAGCAGCUGCUCUGAGUAAAGGGAAUUUUUGGGGAUACAUUGCCCUGUCUCUUUUUCAGUUCACUCAGCAUUUCUUCUCAUUUCAUCCAAGCCAGGAAAGGAGGUGUGAGGAUGCCAAAGGCAAGAUGGACAUGCCACCCUAACACUGCUUGCCCAGUAGAGCAUCCUUGUGGGGGCCAGCAGGCUACAGGGAACCCAGGCACCUGCAGGAAGCAGCCUUCCCAGCCACGGACUCUGCCAGUUACAUGGGGCUAAGAUGUUCACAGAAUCAAUCAAGUUGGAAAAGAUGUCUGAGAUCAAGACCAGCCUAUGACCGAACACCACCCUAGCACCUAAACCAUGUCACUACGUGCCACAUGCAGUCUUUCCUUAAACACCGCCUGGAAUGGUGAUUCUAUGACCUCCCUGCAUCAACCCUUCCACUGUCUAAUCUCCUCUUCUAUGAAGAAUUAUUCUUAAUGUCCAACCUAAAUGUCUUAAUGUCCCCUGCCACAGCUUAAAGAGUGUGCCCUCUUACUCUGUCACUGGUUGCUUGGGAGAGGAUGCCAACCCUCACUUACCUACAGCCUCCUUUCAGGCUGUUGUAGAGAGCAAUAUGGUUACUCCUGAGACUCUUCUCCAGGCUAAACAACCCUACCUUCCCCAGCUGUUCCUCAUAGGACUUGUGUUCUAGGCCCCUGUCCAGUUUGUCACCCUUCUCUGCACACCCUCCAGCACCCUCCCAUUCCUCCCUGAAUUGAGAGGACACAGAAUUCGAGGUAUAGCCUUACCAGGGCCGUACAGGGGAAGAAUCACUUCCCUCAUCCUGCUGGCAACACUUACUGCUGUUACAGCCUGGGAUGCCGCGGGCCUUUUUGGCUACCUGGGCCCACUGCUGGCUCAUGUUCAGCCGCUGUACCCUCCAGCCUACUCCGACCCACCCUGCAGGCUGCGUCUGUGACUUUACUAAUGGUGGACUCAGUCCCCUCAUCAAUGGUUUGGGCCUUUUCGAAAGUUUGUACAAAGCAGGCGUUGCCCUUGCCCUUUAAAGCUCGCCGCCAUUAAGUCUUCCCCCGCCCAGCGCCCGUCCCGGCUCGUCUCUCCGCGUUGCCGGGGCAGCGGGGCUGCGGAGCGGGGCAGGAAAAUUCACGUGAGAAAGCCACCUGCCAGGUCCUCGUGACUGGACACCAUGCCUCUUCCAGAAACCAUGUUCUGUGCUCAGCAGAUCAAAAUCCCCCCGGAGCUUCCCGAUAUUCUGAAGCAAUUUACUAAAGCUGCUAUUAGGACUCAGCCUUUUGAUGUUUUGCAGUGGGCAGCUGCGUAUUUUUCAGCCUUAUCUAAAGGUGAACCCCUUCCUGUGAAAGAGAGGCUCGAAAUGCCAUUAGCAACAGGGAAAAAAGAUGCUGGUUUGACCCCAGGACUCCUUAAGGUCUUGCACAAACAGCUUUCUUCCAAAGGCACGGUGACUGUUGCAGAACUGAGGGAAAAAUGGAAGCAUUUGGGCUUGCCAGAGGAGCAGCUGGAAGCUAUCCUGCAAUUGGACAGUUUUGGCGAGCAGCUGGAAUGGAUGAAGUUCCUGGCACUUGGGUGCAGCGUGCUUGGCGGGUCUUUACUGAGUUCAAUGAAACAGGCCUGUGAGAUCCUAACAAGAGACCCAGAAGGCGGAGCAGCUCGAAUUCCCUUCGAAACAUUCUCGUUCCUUUAUUUGUAUUUGGCCAGUAUUGAUGGAGAGAUAUCAGAGACAGAAACUAAUGUAUUCCUCCAUGAAAUUAAAGAACAAGCGGACAAACACUCUGGCAUGGUGCUGAUCAGACACUUCCUGCCAUACUCCUUCAUAUUUUAUUGAUCAACCCUACCAACCCUACUCUUCAGCAUGAGUCCACAGGAUGGGAAGUCUUCCUAGUUAUUGCUGGAAGAAAAAACACCUGCUGUUUGAACAUGGUACUCAGUCAGCAAUAUUCCAAGUGUCCUUGGUGCCUCACCCCUUGCUUCUGCGGAGAGCUACAUUCUCAUCACCUGUGCCAGAUUAUAUUGAUCCGAAUUUUCUUUGAGCAUGAGCUUGGGAACACUAACUUUUGUGUUAUUGUCUUUGUAACACCAGCUGCGGCUGAAGAUGUUUUAUCCUGUUGGAGAACUCUGAAAUGUGCCCUCUGGUACAUGCUGUAAGUAGGCAAUGUCACCUAGAGGUAACAUUGUUAGGUAGGAGGGGGAGCUCUCUUUAUGCCUUCCCUGUUUGUAACU